AUGCCUUCUUUCAUUAAGGCCAUUGAAAAUGGUCUUCUUCCUGGCGAGCUAAGGGAUAGGUUGAAUCAUGCCAUCAAAAUCUGGCCUGGAGAUCCUCGAUCAGCCAUUGAUUGGUUCCUCGAGGGAGGAAAUGUACCGACGAACACCAUUGCCACCAUGACCUUCGUGAGAUCGCUCUUGUUUUACUUCGACGACGAGGAGUACGUUUGUGGUCAAAUUCUGACACUCUUGAGCUCCUAUACUCUUGAAGGCCUGGUAUUAUUGCUUUUUCCUCGCAAUCUGUUGGAUCAAAAAGUGACAGCAACGCCAGCCAACUUUCCAUACAAUUGGACAACCACCAAUCUGACAAUUACCAAAUUGGAAGAAGUACGCGCUGAAUUCCUCGAUAAUCACUCACUUAUCGUGUUGCUUAUUCUGUUGAGAGAGGGCAAGUUCUCCAUCAAAGAGCGCCCUCGACAAAUUGCCGAUUGCAUUCUGACCGCGAUGAUCGGUGAUGAGCUUGAAAUCGGAUCGCCAGAGCUUUUAGCCUUUGUAAAGAAAGCCUUUCCAGACUUGAAAGACGCAGAAUUUUCAGCCGCGAUUGAAUUCAUCAAGACUUUGAAAAUCUUCUCGAGUCUAGUUGAAGAUCCUGAGGACGUGGUGCAUCUCUAUAACUCCAACUACCAUUCUGUGCGAAGCAUCACAGCCCAAUCAAAGAGCAACUUUAAAAAUACUUUGGUCACAGCUGGUACCAGCGUCGAGAGUUCACUCAAGAUAUAUGACUGCGCAGAACGUGUCGAUUGCUGGAACGAGCAACUCUGGCUACAUUUGAUGAAUUCCCGUAGAGCAGAUUCAGUCAUGAUUGACCCUUAUUUUGAAGGGGAGAUCACAAAUGUACCAAGUGAUGAAAGUUGGAUGGGCAAAUCCCAUAACAAUCUCACCGAUAUCUUCCGGCUUGAAGAUACGACUUGUGAGGAAUGCUGUUCUAUCACAUCCCUGUCCGCGUAUUUCGCCGAUCUUCUGAGCCUGCUCAGUAAUACGACGCCGACGGGCUCAAACCCAAAAUAUGAUGACCCGCCAGGCACUCGGAAUAGUCUGUUAAAUAUCCUGUCACAACGGCGUCCAGACCUCAGGAACCUUGAACUUACCUGUGCAAAUUCGCAGACUUUGAUUCCGUACAUCAGUCUUGUGAAUGAGGUGCUUGAAUCUUUCAUCCGCCAUAAGUGUCUUGGUUCGCCAGAUUCUAUUCGAGUAUUCAAUACUCCUAUUGAUGCCCAAGACAAUGAGCAUUCUCCUACACCACUCAAUUUGCCAGGGAACACAGACUACGAGGUCUAUUCUAAGAUCAUCUCAAAGCAGAGAUUCCCCUUUACCUGCUUUCCAUACGACCAGGCGCGUAACAUGGUACUCUCUUACUUUGACAUUUUCCAAGUAGCCCAUUGUGACUUCGUUGAGAAAUUUCAAGCACCAGAGACUAUUCUGCAAACAAUAACAGCAACAACUACAGAUGAAGUGAGAAGAUCGCUGAACUCGGGAGCGAAAGAAGUCUUGGAGAGGCAAAGAGCCGCAGAAGCACUAGGCCUGCACCAGAUGGAAUUUGCAGCUAUUACCGGAGAAAGUUUCUACCCACAAUCCUUCAGUGACCUCGUCAAAGGUCUUUCAAGUAACAACAUUAUUGAUACGAGAAUACAGGAGCAUGAGUUCUGCCAGAUGUGGGGUUAUGAGGAUGAUGAAACCAUGCUAAGCGCCGCAAAGGGCUUAACACAGAUCAAAAGUCAAUUGAUGCAGAGGUCCGGGCUGGAGUUUCAAGAUGUCCUCGACCUUGUAAAGACCCAGCUUUUCGACCAACAGCUGGUUAUUACUAAUGAAGCUGGGUCUAACGAAUUCACCGAGUCACUUGCAGAGCUUCGACUGCUAUCAAAUGCAUCGAGUCCACCUUUCCAGCCUCUUACUUCAAGCAUAUGCCGAAACAUUCAAUCAUUCUUACGUCUCAAGGCCAGGAUUGGGUGGUCAACCAAAGUACUCGAUGCUGCUAUCCACUGCUUACGCAACAGGGAAAUGGAGAAUUCACCAUCUUUCAGAUCGAACACUGCAUCCCAAGUCGCUUCGAUUUCCGUAUACGUUAUUAAAGGAAUUGCCUCCAUUGUCAAGCUGAGUGACCUAUGCGGAUUAGAACCUGCUGCUCUUAUUCCCCUAUGGGGUCUCAUCGAUUCAUUUGGCGACGAAUCUCUCCUUCAUCGCAAAUUCCUCAGCCCUUCUCUGGGAGAAAUAUUCGCAGUUCCCAAAGACUGUGCAUACUUCCAACCCAGAGGGAAAGCAAUUAAAAUUCAAGAGUGCGGUGCGAGCAUUUGUGCAAGCCUCAACUGGCGUUUCGAGUACUUUGAUGAUCUACUCGAAGCCACAAAUCUUGCAAAUGAUGACCUGAACAUCGAGAACUUUUCUGUCUUGUAUCGAUAUGUGACCAUAUGUCGAAUGCUUUCUGUCCCUCCUAAAGAAUGUGUGCCAUUCUUCAAGAUCUUCUUUGACAAGGAAGAUCCCUUGACAAAUCCCAAUAAGACGCUUGCUACUAUUACGAAUUGGACAACGUUACUGAACUCAGGCUGGACUAUUGAAACACUUGUACUAGCUCUUGGGAAAUCAACGAGUGGUGAAAGCAGUAUUACUGGAGGAAACCCUGGACAAAAACUUGCGAGUGCGAUACUAGAUGGGACUAAAGACUUGAGAAAAUCACUUUCAUCACUUUUUAAUGGAGCCAUGCCCACUCAUGAAACUAUCGUCGAAUGUGCGGGACGUGCCUUUGACUCAAUUACGGCCAGUCUGGUCGUUGAAUUUGUCGAGGGAUCUCAGAUUCGAACCAAUACUGCAAAGCUUGACACACAGCAAAUGUUACAGAACCUCAUGAAUAUAUCCAAAAACUGGCCAACUAAGAUUUCUGUAAUCCCUUCCUCAACAGCUAGUUCGUGGUCUGUCCAACUCAAACUCACAGGCAUAUUGACGACGAACGAAAAGCAAAAGAUCAUAGAUGAAUCUGCAGGACUUCCUACCGUGAAGACCGCACUACAAAGUCUCGUUGAGAACUCUCUCUUUCCUCAAGCUGUCAUCAAGUCCCGUUUCCAGAGCAACAUAAACGGGCUUAAAGAUGAUAUUCUUUUGCAAGACUGGGCCCCAUCCAAGCUCUCUGUCAAUCCAAUCCCCUCUGUGAAUGACAUUUUGAUUGAGACAGAGUCACAAGUACAAGCACGACGAACUGCCUUCGUCAAAAUGGCGAAACCCGUGAUUGUUCAAGACACUCUCACAACAUCUAUCCUCAAUACCAUGAAAGAUCUUGUGGAAGGUGUUGAUAUAACAGUUCUUUCAACUCUUCUGACAGAAACUGUGAAGGUAUCAACAAACGAUGAAAAUGCACCCGAAUCAGCUAUGACAGCUCUGAAACAGCUCAGUGAACCAGUUGAAAUCAUGACUGAGGCGGAGACGCUAGAUGCAUACUUCACACCCACGACAACAGAUGAUUUCAAUCUGCACUAUACUGGUGCGUUGAAUAGCCCUAUCAGUCUAAUGAUAAAUGGGAUCGAGGUGCCGUUUGAUACCGACUCGAAAACGUGGAACGCAUUUCGCAUGAAUGCCAGACAGCCAUAUCUUCUACAGAGUAGCAUUCGUCCAACCCAAAUCUCAUGGUCAACAUGCAGAUCAAUGACGACACCCUUCACUGAUGAAGAGCUUCAGUCAUCGACAUCUAUCCAACGAGCAGCAUCGAUUUUGGAGGCUAUCCAAAGAGCAGUGUGCAUUUGCCAAACUGUGAAACUCACGACAUCAGAGCUCGAAUAUAUGAACAGAACGGGAAAAACAGAAGAUGAGAUGCUGUCAAUGAAUCUUAAUACACCAUCUCUAAUAAACUUGGUGCAGCUCCAAGAGUACCGCGAGCUGAGGGAUAAUAUAAUGAUCGCGGAUAGUGACCUAAUCAGCCUUUUCUCGUGGCUAUAUAACCCUAAAAAUCCAGAUAUGAAGACAAUUGCAACCAAAAUUGCAGCAAGCACUGGUUGGAAAGACACGUUGGUAGAAAGCGUCCUCAAUGCAAAAUACCCAAGCCAUACUCCUGCGGAUCUUGUAGCAGUUUUGCGCAAUCACGAUGCCUUUAUCAACCUUAGAGCCAUCCUUGCUCUCUACGAGGGUUUGGGUAGCGCAUCUGAUGUUACCUCCAAGCCUCUGAUGACAGAACUGUUUAAUCUUGCAAAACCUCUAUCACAGCUCAACAGUGGAGAUACAUAUAUGGAAGCCGCCAAGAAUCUGCAAAAAAGAUUGACACCUUCACAACGAGAGGCAUCAGAUGAAGGUUUAAUGGAGAGCCAGCGCAAGACACUCGUAGCUUAUCUUCUGCAACAAAAGUUCAUCACCCAAGACCUUGGUAUAUGGGAUGCAGAUGGGCUAUUUGAGUAUUUCUUAGUCGAUGUACAGAUGGGGCCACAAAUUCGAACUUCGCGCAUAAAGACAGCCAUCUCGGUCGUGCAAAUGUUUGUUCAACGCUGUCUUCUCGGAAUGGAAGAAGGAGUUUCGAAGUCAGUUCUGGGGCAUGAAAAAUGGGACUGGCUACAACAGUACACUCUCUGGGAGGUGCAUAGAAAGAUAUUCUUGUAUCCUGAGAACUGGAUUGAUCCAUCACUCCGAGAUGACAAAUCUGAGCUUUUCGACCAGUUUGAGGCCACCUUAAUGCAGAAAGACUUAAGCAUCAAGACGUUUCUUCAAGCUAUCCAGAGUUAUUUGUAUGAUCUAGAUGGAAUUUCGAGUCUCGAUAUAGUCGCGUAUGUUCAUGAACCGCAACCAGCAGCAUCGGACACUUUUCACUUGUUCGGCCGGACCCGCAGUGGGCCGUAUACCUUCUACUACCGUACCCUGACGAGAUUGAGGACUGCUGAGGUAUUUUGGCAACCAUGGUCCAAGGUCGAGGUCGACAUUGCGUCAAUUGAGACGGAAUGGGAGGGCCAAAGACUCGUGGAUACGGGUAGUUAUCUGCUUCCAAUAAUGAUCAAGGGUAGGCUGUACUUGUUCAUGCCAUCAAUUGUGCCCAAGACGUUAGUGAAGAACAUCUCAAGCAUGUCCAAUGUAAAAACUUUUGACGCUCUGCGCGAUCAAAAUCCAAACAUAGCAGAGCCUGUGCGCAUCUGGGAAAUAACAAUGGCGUGGACAGAGUUCGUCAACGACACUUGGGCACCCAAGAGAGUUUCCUCUGGUAGUCUCAGUGUGGGCCUAGAGGCAUCUUCAUCCCAAAUCCGGGUCGAUCCCACAUUACAAGACAAUACUUUGACACUUAAGGUCAGCUAUGGUGAGGCUGGAAAAACCACUUCCAAGGCCAUUGGUUUAUUCAUAUUCUGCAAUGACCAAAUAAGCACAUCAAACACCGUAGCAACCUCUACUCAGGCGGGUUCGUUUGCAACAUACUUUCAAAAAGCAUUGAAACAAGGAAUGGAUCUCGAAUCACUCCCCGGAGGUUCCAAAUAUACUAAUUCCGCACCUCUGAUUUGGGUGCCACCUGAGCUGGAGAGUACCAAUGGGGCUUCAGAUGUCUCCUGGACUUUGUCAAAGUUACCACAGAGGGUGACAGGACUAGUUGUCAGCGCAAAGGUUAGUGAGGGCAGAAGAGCAAGUUUCUUCAAUAUACCAAAAAUGGAGCUUCUCAGUUCGACAUGGACCAAAGACGUCAUCAAGAACAAUACGGAACUUGUUUCUAUUGACCACAUAUUUUCGCACGAACUCAUGGAAGCAACCUCUGACCGAAUUGAUCCGCUACGUUGUUUGUAUAACAAAAUAGCACAGCUACCUGCUGGUGCGAUGAGAGAAAGUUUUGGAGCUGGUAGUCAUGAGGCAUGGUAUCAUGAGCUAGGACGUCCCACCGCUAUCUACAAUUGGGAGGUUGGCCUACACACAGUAUUGUUGGCAGUCGAUCGAUUUUCUGCCACCCAGCAAUACGAAGAAGCAUUGGAGGUUGCGAGACUGGUCUUUGAUCCAUCUGCCGAUCUUGAAUUAAACACGGAUGACAAAUUGACCUAUCGAUCAUGCUGGCGAUUUCCUCCGUUCCAAGAAAUGGCCCGACAAAUUGCCAUCCGGGGUGAGACUUCGUUCGAUCCUUUGAACCUUGACCAUUUAAGCAAAGAAAUCCAACUUGCCAUUAAGGAGCGUCGUUCGUAUGGUUCACUUGUGCAUGCCGCAGCUAGGGGAAGACCAAUUAGUUAUAUGAAGUGGAUAGUGAUGAAGUACGCAGAGAUCCUCAUCGCAUUGGGCGAUGUUUAUUUUCGCCGGGCUUCGCUUGAGAGCCUACCGAUAGCUACGCAGCGAUACAUCGAGGCUGCGCGAGUUUUAGGAAAGGAGCCGCCCAAAGUACCGGAUUUGGGGAAAAGAAAAAGGAAGGCAAUGACUUUUGAGCAACUGAGAGAAGAGGAUAUUAUGUAUGACUCUGUUGUAUUCGAUUUGGGCUUGCCUUUCUCGGCCAAAUUGAAGAAAGGUGCAGCCGAAACAGCAGACAGAGAUCCAAAAAAAGAGAAUAUCGCUUGUUUCCUUCGAACGAACUAUUUCUGCGCCCCUCUAAAUCCUAAGUUCAAGCAAAUGCGAAGCCUUGUUCAUGAACGCCUUUACAAUCUCCGAAAUUCUUUCGACAUUCAAGGGAAGCCAGUAGUCUACGGCCUUCGUGAACCGCCCAUUGAUCCAGGAGCCUUGAUAAGUCUUAGCAAAGGAGGUAUGGGAGUAUCCGAUAUCCUCAGCAUGGUUUCUGGUGAACGAAAUAGCCCACUACCACGGCAGCGUUUCGACGCUCUUCUGAAGCAGGCCUUAGCAUUAUGUACCGAGGUGCGCAAACUUUCAGGACGCCUUGUAACCGUAGUUGAGAAGAAAGAGAUGGAAACUUUCAACAUCGGUAAUGCUCAGCAUGCUUCAGUCAUACAGAAAAUGAUGCUGGAUAUCAAGAAUGUCGAGCUUGAAGAGGCACAACAAACUGUCGAAUCGCUCUUGAUCAAUCGUAGCUCGCUGGAGGCGCAAUUGAAUUAUUACCUCCAGCUUAUCGGCGAGCCAGAUUCCAUGAUCCCAAAGCCCAAAGAUAGUUGGGUCGAUAUUCAGCAGAGUAUCGACACCCCCACACAAGACGAACUUCGAAUGUCUUCAUAUGAGAAAGCAGAAAUGAUACAAUCCCUCUCUGCUGGCGCCAAGAAUCGCGCGGCCAUAGCCACCGAUGCACUCUCGAUCCCCCUUUAUCUCGUUCCACAAGCAACAACCGACUUUGAACCUCUUGGUGUCGGUGGAUCUAUUUCCUUCGCUGGAAGCGCCAUUGCUGAUUCAGUAGCUGCUGGGUCCACAUUAGCGAGAGGAAUUGCAGCUGUUCUAAUGGACGAAGCCGGUCGAGCAGACAAGAAAGCUAGCCUAACGAUGCAGUUACGGGAGCGAAGACUCGCAGCAAAUAUGAGUGGCCGUGAAAUCAAGUCGAUCGACAAGCAGGUCGAAAUCCAGAAAAUCCAUAUCACUUCAAUCCAGAAGGACAUUGAGAUCCAACAAUCAGAAAUAGAAGAUGCAGCUGGGGCCGAGGAGUGGUACCGUACCAAGUAUACCAGCGAACAAUUGUAUACAUGGAUGGAGAAAAUAUUCAGAAAUCUUUAUUUCCAGGCUUAUGAACUCUCAAUGACCAUGGCACUUCGAGCGGAGAGCUCGUUCAACUUCGAAGCCGGCAGCAAAAGUUCGAUAAUCAACAAAGGGGGGUAUUGGAAUCCUUCUCAAGAUGGUCUUCUUGCUGCCGAAAGUCUUUAUCUAGACCUGAGGAGACUUGAAAGCGCGCAAUUAGAAUGCACAGCUGCUGAUUAUAACAUCAGUAAGACUGUGUCUCUAAAAGACUUUGACCCCAUGGCGUUGAUGAAACUCAGAAUCACGGGAACAACGGACUUCUCCAUUGGCGAACUCCUUUAUGAUAUGGAUUUCCCCGGUCAUUACAUGCGAAGAAUUCGAUCUAUUAGCGUCUCGGUACCAUCAGACAAGGAGAUUGGAGCUAAUACAAAUGCCAUCUUGACGUUGCUAGAGCACAGGUAUCGCGUAACACAAAACGCAGCUGACUAUGCUGCUUCCCAAUCUGCUACUGGAAGUGAAUCAUUUAGAACUGACCGAAUUCCGAUAACAGCAAUAGCGGUAAGCUCUGGUGCUAAAGAUCCCGGAGUGUUUGAGCUCGACUUCUCUGGUCCCCGGUAUAUGCCAUUCGAGGGCGCCGGUGCCAUUUCGGCAUGGCGUCUGGAAUUUCCGGCACCAAUCCGUCAUUUCAAUUAUGAGUCGAUUACUGAUGUGCAACUACACAUACAGUACACUGCUUACGAGGGAGGUCCAACACUGAGGAAGGCGGCAAAAGACGCGGUUGUCCAAGCAGCUCAAUCAAUUGAAGCUCAAGGACAACAUCAAGGAUACUGGGCACUUUGGGACCUCAAGACAGACUUUGCUGCAAAAUGGGCAGAUUUUGAAAACACUCUCCUUACUCCCAACGUGGAAGCUACCCUGGACCUUGGCAAUUUGAAAGACCGUCUGCCUUUCUGGUCACGACACCAAAAAGAACUCCAAGUUCAAUCCUUUACAUUGAUGUCGCGAAAUAAGAAUGUAAGGGACAGAUUGAGUAUAUUGGUGGACCCAAAUUCACCUGCAUACAAUGGAACCGAUGGCAUCUACUCUGGUGAUCUCUAUACCAGACAGUGCGAAAUGACUGAAAAGAACUUGAAUUGGAAACUCAAGGCGAAAGCAGUUCCCCUUGCAUCCGUCGCGAGCGAAAAUAUUUAUCUGUUUGUUCGUUAUAUUUAUGUUGGGAAAAAUAUUUCGUAA